AUGUCUGCUAGGUACGAUAGAGCUAUUACAGUAUUUUCACCAGACGGACAUCUGUUACAAGUAGAAUAUGCACAAGAAGCUGUAAGGAAAGGAUCUACUGCUGUUGGGGUACGUGGUGCCAAUGCUGUAGUCCUUGGUGUGGAGAAAAAAUCAGUUGCUAAACUGCAGGAGGAGCGCACUGUCAGAAAAAUAUGCCUUCUGGACGACCAUGUAGUUAUGGCCUUUGCAGGGCUUACAGCUGAUGCAAGAAUAUUGAUAAAUCGAGCUCAGAUCGAAUGCCAGAGCCACAAACUGACGGUAGAAGAUCCUGUUACAUUAGAAUAUAUAACACGUUACAUAGCAUCUUUGAAGCAAAAAUACACACAGAGUAAUGGUAGAAGACCUUUUGGUAUUUCAUGUCUCAUUGGUGGAUUUGAUUAUGAUGGUAAACCACAUCUUUAUCAGACUGAACCCUCAGGAAUCUAUUAUGAGUGGAAAGCAAAUGCCACAGGGCGUUCAGCUAAAACAGUUAGAGAAUUUCUAGAGAAGUUUCAUACCCCAGAAGAAGUAGCUACUGAGAAAGGCACUGUGAAACUAGCAAUCAAGGCUCUUUUAGAGGUUGUACAGUCUGGUCAGAAGAACCUUGAAAUAGCUGUGAUGCGACAUGGGGAGCCUUUGGUGAUGCUGGAUGGUGAUACCAUUGAGAAGUAUGUUAACGAGAUAGAGAAAGAAAAAGAGGAAGAAGCUGAGAAGAAAAAAGCUAAGAAGUAG